GUACCCUUGAUCACAUGGGAGUUUCAAAAGUGUCUGACAGAUGCUUGCAAUCUAACCCCGAACAAGUGGAUUGAUGUAACAAGUCAGAAGCACCUGUCAACAAACAUGGAAAAUGCCAGUGACCCACAACUAGGGAAUGACGAAGCCUCUAGUGCUUUGUCUGUGUUUGCUGUGGUGUCUGGAGUCUACCGUUGCAUAGGGCGCAACAAGCUGGGAAAGAACAGCACCCAAGUCCCAUUCUAUGUGUCUGAUGUUGCCACUGGCUUUGGCAUCCUGCGUGAGCCAGCUGGAUACGAUCUCCUCACUGACAUGGUGGAAACGGUGGAGAAUACAAGCGCCAGCUGCACCUGCCGCGCGAAUCGGCUCAAGUACAAUGCCCCGCGCUGGACGCUGGAAGAUGGUGGCGAAGUGCUGAUCAAGAACAACACUAUGCAUGGUCUGACGGUGGCCGAAUACAGGACGAAGUAUUCGCACGUUGCUGUGUUGAAUUUUGAUGGCAUCGAGCUUCAGAUGUCUGGCACGUACUACUGCAGCGCGGUGGAGCAGGAGAGCGUGACAGAGCUGCCCUCUCGCGUGAUGCCAAUGGCGAUGGAGGUCAAGCAAAUACAACCGCCAGUAUGGAUCUCUCGUCUGAGGGGGAUGCUGAGCAGGGAUGCUGAGAGUAUGCACAACAUGACCUGUCAAGCGGAUGGCUUUCCCGAGCCAACGUUCAUGUGGUACAAAGACGGCGUGUUGCUGGAUGCAAGUACGGCCACAGGAAUUAUCAGCAAGAAUAUCACGCAAGGUCAAAUGUUGAUUAUCGAACGCUUAGUGAAGGAAGAUGACGGCUUAUAUGAGUGUGAGGCUAGCAACCUGGGUGAUAUCAUAAGGAGCGGCGAAACGCUGAAAGUUAUUGUGCUUGCUGAAGGAGGAGUGAGCCCAGGAUUACUAGUUGGAGUCAUUCUAGCCAUCCUCAUCAUUUGCAUCUUGGCCGUGUGGCUUAUCUGGAAACUCUACUUCAGACGGCAACUGAAAAAGUGGGCAGUGAUAGCUACCAGAGAGUUGAAUCCAGACCGUAGCAUUGAAGGAGAAAUUAACCCGGACAUACCCAUUCAGGAUCAGGCAGAGUUGCUCUCAUUCGAUCCACGAUACGAGUUUCCCAAGGAACGCCUGACGCUGGGUAAGAAGCUAGGACAGGGCGCGUUCGGCUGCGUGAUGAGAGCGCAGGCUGUAGGAAUCGAUGAGCAGGAAGCCUCGACCACAGUCGCCGUUAAGAUGUUGAAAGAAAGAAUUUUAGUGGACAUGUCUCAAAGGAAAGCAUUACUGUCUGAAAUAAAGAUUCUAAUUCACAUAGGCCAUCAUUUGAACAUUGUCAACCUUCUUGGUGUCAUCACAAAGCAUGGCAUCCUCUUCCUCAUCAUGGAGUACUGCAAGUUCGGCAGCCUGCGUGAAUUCCUGCGCAAAAACCGCAGCAACUUCGUCUACGAGCCAGAUGGCAGCAACCUGGACGACGACAGCGUCACCAACGGUAAUAGAUCGCGUGUGACGAGCGUGGCUGAUGUGUCUGCCGCCAUGAGCAGGCAGGCGUCAGCCGUGUCAGACAACUUGACGCAGACAACUGGACUCACGGGCGACACUGAGGGAGGUGGUGAGGAGGGCAGAGCGAACCGUGGCCAGUCGAUCAGGAAGCAGAAGCCGAUCACCGUGCAGGACUUGCUGACGUACGCCUACCAGGUCGCGCGCGGCAUGGAGUUCCUCGCAUCGCAAAAGUGCAUUCAUCGUGAUCUGGCCGCGAGGAACGUGCUGGUAGCAGAUGAUGACGUCGUUAAGAUCUGUGACUUUGGAUUAGCCAAAGACAUGGAAAUGUAUCCUGACUAUGUGAAGCAGAGUGCAGGUCCGAUGCCUAUCAAAUGGAUGCCACUUGAGAGUAUUCUAGACAAGGUCUUUUCAAGUCAGAGUGAUGUGUGGGCGUUUGGCAUCCUGCUGUAUGAGAUGUUUGCAUUGGGAGGAAGCCCGUAUCCCGGCAUAGAGAUCAACAACGAAUUUAUUCAGCGUCUCAAGAACGGUUAUCGAAUGUCGAAGCCCAUCUAUGCGCCACGCGAGACGUACAGGGUGAUGCAAGAGUGUUGGAAAGAGGAGCCUGAGCAGAGGCCAACAUUUCACCAGCUAGUGCAGAAGAUAGGAAACAUGCUAGAGGGGGAUAUUAGACAGCAUUAUCUCGACCUGAACAACACCUACCUGCGCCUGCUCGAUGACAGUCUAGAUCAACGCGCCACCGCGAACACGUCGGUGACCGACCUGACACCUGGCGGCGCUCACCCGUACUACGUGAACGUGCCGGACGAGCACGGCUACGUGAAUCUGCCGACGCCUGUGCGGCGGGACGAGGUCACGCGGCUCACGUCCUCGAACAACUCGAACAACGCGGACGCCGCCGUCGUCGCGGCAACGCCGCCGCCGCUGCACCCGGGUUACGACAGCCUGCCGCUGCAGACGCGCAAGGUCGACGUCGACAAGAGUCCGCGGCCGAUGCGCAAGGUCAGCGAGCGGCCGCGUGACGAGCUGCGAGGCAAGCCCGGCGUGCUCUACGUCACCAACAUUCCCGACGACGGCGUCGGCGGCGGCGCGCGCGAGCGGCAAGCUCCGCGUGACGACGGCGAGAAGUUUGCCGGGCCGGCGUCGCCGAGCUAUGCGAACGACACGCUGGCUGCUCCGCGGGGCCACCUGACGUCGGAUUCGGACACGUCGUCGGGUUACUGGGGCGAGAACGCCGAGCCGCCGAGCUACAACGUUGUCAUGAUGGCGGCGACGCCGCCCUCGAGCCCACGUGACGACGCGAGGGUCGAUGCCGUCUGAUCGGUCGAUCACUAUGGUUUCAGAUGGGUCGUCACAAAGUUCGAGUUUAGAGCACGAGCGAUACGCAAAGCGAGUAGGAGAGAGAGAGAAAGAGAGAGAGAGUACAGGAGAGAGGAGAGAGAGAGAGAGAG